AUGCUUCAAGUGUACUCUGGGGAAGGCUUUGGAGAGAACACACGGGCUGAUGCAACUGACCGGUGUUUAUCAGAGCACACGCGGAGUGUGAAGAUGACAGAUUGUGAUGGAGAAGGAGCUCAGUCUCCACUGCAGCUGUUUGAGAGACUUACCGCUCAGGGCGAUCAGGUCAGAACCCUGAAGACUGCUAAAGCUGACAAGGGGGAAGUGGAGGCUGCUGUCCAGAUACUGCUACAGCUCAAAGUCCAGUACAAACAAGUGACCGGUCAGGAAUACAAAGCCGGUUGCCCUCCACCAGAAAACCUGAUUUUAACCGGGAAUAGUUCAGCAGCAGGGGGCGCCACUGAGGAGGACGACGACGUCAACCCAUGGAGCGUAACCACCACUAAUGCCAAAGGAGUGGACUAUGACAAACUCAUAUUGAGGUUUGGAAGCAGCAAAGUUGACCAGGAGCUUGUGGACAGAAUAGAGAAAGUAUCGGGACAGAAGCCUCACCGCUUUCUAAGAAGAGGAAUAUUCUUCUCACACAGGGACAUGCACCAAGUAUUAGACUCGUACGAGAAGCACAAGAGCUUUUACCUGUACACCGGCAGAGGACCGUCGUCAGAAGCCAUGCACGUGGGCCACCUCAUCCCCUUCAUCUUCACCAAGUGGCUGCAGGACGUCUUCGACAUCCCGCUGGUGGUGCAACUCACAGACGACGAGAAGUUUCUGUGGAAGGACCUGAGUCUGGAGCAGUGCCACCGCUUCGCCGUGGAGAACGCCAAGGACAUAAUCGCGUGUGGCUUCGACAUCAACAAGACCUUUAUCUUCUCUGACCUCGACUACAUGGGCUCCUCUCCACAGUUCUACAGGAACGUGGUGAAGGUCCAGAAACACGUGACUUUCAAUCAGGUGAAAGGAAUCUUUGGCUUCACUGACAGCGAUUGCAUCGGAAAGAUCAGUUUUCCAGCCAUCCAGGCCGCGCCGUCUUUCAGUAACUCUUUCCCACAAAUCUUUGGGGAGAGGAAGGAUAUCCAGUGUCUUAUCCCGUGUGCCAUCGACCAGGAUCCGUACUUCAGGAUGACCAGAGAUGUGGCACCGCGGAUCGGAUACCCCAAACCCGCCCUGCUCCACUCCACCUUCUUUCCAGCGCUGCAGGGAGCACAGACCAAAAUGAGCGCUAGUGACGCCAACUCCUCCAUCUUCCUCACGGACUCUCCCAAGCAGAUCAAGAACAAGGUGAAUAAGCAUGCGUUCUCUGGGGGCAAAGACACAGUGGAGGAACACCGGCAGUUUGGAGGCAACGCAGAAGUGGACGUCUCCUUCAUGUAUCUCACCUUCUUCCUGGAGGACGACGAGCAGCUGGAGAAGAUCCGACAGGAUUACACGAGUGGAGCGCUGCUGACGGGAGAGCUAAAGAAAAUCCUGAUCGAGACUCUGCAGCCGCUGAUCGCCACCCAUCAAGAGCGCCGCAAACACGUGACUGACGAGCUGGUCCAACAGUUCAUGACCCCCAGGCCUUUAAACUUUAAUAAGUAA